UCCUCCCGCAGGCGGUGGCCGCUGGGAGGGGCGGGGUAGUGCGAGCACCGGUCCUGUUAGGAGGAGGCAGGAACGCUGCCUGCGAGCCUGCUCGGCAGUGCCAGGACCCCUGCAUCCUCCUGCAGAGGUAAAGCCGGGCUCCUCCACCUCCCGGCUCUGGGGAUGCUUUUUUGUUCUCCCGGAGUGAGGCGGGGCGGGCUGGCGGAGGCCCGGGGACGCUCUCCUGUGUCCUGCCAUGCCAGCAGCAAGCGGGCCAAGUAGUGCUCAGAGUGGAAAUUCUUCAGCUCUGCCAAGUUCAGCCCUGUCCCUUUUAGGCCCUCUAAGCCACAGGGCAUGUUUACCGUCCGUGGAGCCGCCGGAAGAUCGCUCUCCAGUCAAAUAAGUUGCGCAGUUGCACAGGCAGAUCAUUUCGCCUCCUGCCUGUCCUGUUGAGCUUGUGCCUGGCCUGCAUAGAGAUCAGACAAAAACAAUUAUAUAUAUCAAAAGACAUCAUUCAAACUGAGAUUUGUGUUGAAACCUCAGUGUGGUGUUGAAAACCCCUCGGUGAACACCUGCCCUCGUUAAUCUGUGAGUUUCACGUAACCAGAGGACUGCCCUUGGUGUCUCUGGGAGUCAGAAGUGUAUCUGUCCAGUCCACUCCUUGUGUUUGGAAGCUCUGGUGCUAGAGUCAUGAUGGCAGCAACUGUCGUUCCUCUGAUCCAUGUUCAGUCUUCUCCGUACUCACUGUCUCCUGAGAAAGGACACAUAGGGAAAGAAGGGCUGGCCAAUGAGUUCCUGACAAACUUGAUACAGGAGUUGGUGUCGUUCGAAGAUGUGACUGUGCAGUUCACAGAGGAGGAGUGGGCUUUGUUGGAUCCUUUACAAAGAACUCUGUACAGGAAGGUAAUGCUGGAAAACUGGAAGAACCUGACCUCACUCGGGUAUUGCCUUGAUAAACCAAAUCUGAUAUCCCAGUUGGAGCAGGAAGACAAGGCUAUGACAGAGAACAGAGGAAGUAUUCCAGGCAUCUCUCCAGAAUUGGAGACUGUACUUAAAGACAAAUGGCUAACUCCUGAAAAACUUAGUUUUAGAAAGGAACAUGCUGAUAGUGGAAAAUCAGUAACACUGGAGGAAAGAGAUCAUCAUGGAAUGAAAAUCAAUGAAUGCAAUCAUUGUUUUAAAGUCUUCAGCACGAAAUCUAAUCUUACUCAGCACAAGAGAAUUCAUACUGGAGAAAAGCCCUAUGAUUGUAGUCAAUGUGGAAAAUCCUUCCGCAGUAAAUCUUAUCUUACUGUUCACAGAAGAAUACAUAAUGGGGAAAAACCAUUUGAAUGUAAUCACUGUGGGAAAGCAUUUAGUGACCCCUCAUCCCUCAGACUUCAUGUAAGAAUUCACACUGGGGAAAAGCCCUAUGAAUGCAACCAGUGUUUUCAUGUCUUCCGUACCAGUUGUAACCUCAAAAGCCACAAGAGAAUUCACACAGGGGGUGAGAAUCACCAUGAAUGUACUCAGUGUGGAAAGGCCUUCAGUACAAGGUCCUCUCUCACCGGACAUAAUAGCAUUCACACUGGAGAGAAACCCUUUGAAUGCCAGGAUUGUGGGAAAACCUUCAGGAAGAGCUCGUAUCUAACCCAACACUUGAGAACGCACACUGGAGAGAAGCCCUAUGUGUGUAACGAGUGUGGGAAGCGCUUCAGCAGUAGCUUUUCUCUAACUGUGCACAGGAGAAUACACACAGGAGAAAAACCGUAUGAGUGCAGUCACUGUGGAAAAGCUUUUAAUAAUCUCUCAGCUGUGAAGAAGCACUUAAUGACUCACACAGGGCAAAAACCCUAUGGGUGUAACGAUUGUGGGAAAUCUUUCACCAGUAACUCCUACCUCUCUGUGCACAAAAGAGUACACAACAGGUGGAUAUGAAUGGUAAUGAGAAAUUACUGAGAAAAUGCUUUGUUGAUCCUAAGAUAACUUGAGAACAUUUACAUCAGGUAAACAAAUUAUCUUUCUCAGUAUAAGGUGUACUCAACCCAAAUUUUGUGGCUUUAAACAAAUACCUCACAUUUUAUAGGUUAGGAAUAUGAGAGCACCAUAGUUGUGUAGUUCUUUGUCGGGUCUUCUCAUGAGCUUAUAUUCAAGACACCAGGCAGAACUGCAUCUAAUGAAGUUGUUAUUGAAGGUUGCCUCAUCACAUGCCUGGGAAUUUGCUGUUGGUUAUUGACAGGAGACCUUCACUGACUUACCACGUUGGCCUCUCCACAUGAUUACAUUUCUUUAUAAUACAGCAAAAGAACAACCCCUCCCCCAAGAGAUCCAACAAAAGCCAAUUUAAAAAAUUAAGUAUCAUUUAUGACCUUCUCUUCAAAAGGUAUAGUUUAACUUCUUCUCUAUUGUAUUCAUCAUACACAGACCAGCCUUUAUACAACAUGGGAGAAAACUACAGAAUAUCUGAGGGUCAGGAGACAGCUCUCUGAGAGCCAUCUGAGAAACUUGCCAUGAAAUUAAUGAAGUAUGCAGUAGACCUUCAUCCUUUUAAUCAGUAUGAAAUGAUAUUCAGUAAAUUGUUAGAUCUCUCUGAAUAGACAUCUGUGCGAUGAUGUUUUUUAGUUCACUUAUGAUAAUGUGCCCCAAAGAUGAUGUGUUGGAGAAAACUUGUUGAGUAGAAUGGUGGUCAUGUGGUAAUCGUCUUCAGUGAUGUUAGUCCUUUUAGUCUUUGUUGUGGGAAAUCACACAACUGAGGAACAAAACAAAUUCAGGAAACUAUACAACAAAGUGUUCAUAUUGCUCACCACAGAUAAUGAGGUGAUCUGCUGUGAUAUUGGGAAAUCGUUAAUGAUUUUUCUUUUUUAAAGAGGUAUGAGAACACUUUUUGAUAUGCCCCCUUGAGUAUCAGGGAUUGGCAAACCCUCGAGGGUUCCUGUGAUUGGAGGAAAUAAUUGGCAAUGCUUAAUCUUAAGCACAUAAAUUUGAGGGACCCCCUAGGAGAGUGAAGAAAUACGUGUCAGGAUGCAUCCGCCUCAGCUUUCCGCUGAGUAACUAUGUAAUAAAAUUUAUACUGGAAAUGAAGUAGAUGAGUGUGGGGUUACCACUACUAGUGGGUAGUAUCUGAAGUUUCAUUACCAAAUUAUUUUCAAUCUUUGUUUUGUAAACAUUUAUGUCUACGUGUAUAAUCCCACCCCAACUUUUCCCAAAUUCCAACACAAUGUAUUAAUAGCUAGUCUUCUGAAGGGCUGUGUGUGGUGGCCCACACCAGUAAUCCUAGCACUCAGAAGCUCAAAAGGUAGAUUGCGAAUUUGGUGCAAGCUAGAACUAGCUAACACAGUAUUUUUGUCAGAGUAUUGGACUUUUUAAUAUUGAUCCUUUUUCUUCUUUCUGCCCUGAAAAUAUCUAAUGUCCAUUUUGUACUGCUUAGGGCCAACAAGGUGACUCAGUGAAUGGCGGUGUUUGCCACCAAGGUUGAUCACAUGCAUUCGGUUCCCAGAACCCAGACAGUGAAAGUAGACAACAGACUCCCACAAGAGUUGUUCUCUGCUGUCCACAUGUAUCAGCCCAUCACCAAAAAAAGUAUUUUAUAAAAUCUGUAGGUUGUUAGAAUAAUACGCCAGGGGCACUGGACAGAUGACUCAGCAGUUAAGAGCACCAAUGGCUGCUCUACCAGAGGCCCCAAGUUCAAUUCCCAACAUCCACAUAGCAGCUCAUACCUGUCUAUAACUCCUGUUCCAAGGGAUCCAACACUCUUAUAUAGACAUACAUUCAGGCAGGCACCAAUGCAAUUACAAAUAAAUCAAUCAUUAAAAAAAGAAUAUGCCAGGAUUUCUUCAAGCAUACAGACUGACACCAUGAAAUUUGAAGGCUGAAGGGAAAGCCUAACUUCUCACUCUGUUUUUAUUCAUGCUUUGAUAUAAAGUAACCCAUUAGUGGUUGAAGCCAAAAUGAUUUGCUGGAUGUUUUUGAGGUGAUGCAAAGUUGCAGCUUAAAGCAGUACCUGACUGAUAAAUCUAUUCAUCGAAUAAUAUCCAUAGAUCUUUGAGAGUAAUAUAUAUUCUUACAUGUUCUGUUUUAAUGUUAUGUACAAAUUGUUUUCUUUUAAAGUAAUUUGUGGUAGAGCCAUAGAGGUGUUCCACUGUGAUUAUGAAUUAACGUUCUUAUAAUUUUGGCAUUUUUUUCUGUUUUGGAGUUCUGUAAUGAUGCAUACAAGAUUGGUUGUCUUUUUGUGAGAAGUGUUCCUUUAUAUACAGAGAACACAUUUUUUUCGUAACAGUACUAUAAUAAAUGGUAAAAGGUUAUAGACAAGCAGGAAUGCCUUAUGAGUAACUAUUGAGUACUCUGAAUAAGCACUGAAGUAUCGUUAUUAUUCCCAGUUUAAAAAUGAAAUAUUAAUAUGGCACACAUCAGUUACUUGCCUGAGUUCUCUGACUAAUAGUAUAGUACUGAUUUGAACAUAAGACAGUCUAUUAGCCUAAUACUAGUAUGUGCAUUGAGUAUGUUCUGGGAACUGUUGUAUAGGUAUUUGCUGAAUUGAAAUGUUCUCUGCUGGAGUAAACAAAGAUGCCCUAAAUGACAUUGCAAGAAGAAACUAAUGAAACAGGAAAACUUUCCAAACCUUUAGGAUGCAAAGUGCUCAAGGGCCAUCCCCCAGGUUAUGAUUAGUAAAUAAUUGCUGCUGAAGAGAAUGCUUGUAUGUAAUGUAUGGAACUACCAAUAAAUUAGGAAGGAAGCCCCAAGGAUGUAGCUUAUUUUGUUGUCUCCCAUGCUGGGAUAGGGCUUUUCCUAAUACCGCUGCCUCUGUGUCAUCCAUACUUCUAUAAGUAAUCUUCAGUAAUUCACUUGUUUGCCCAGCCAGGUUUGAAGGAAUAGUGCCCUUGAUCUGGCUCUAAACAUUUGUUUACAUACCACAAACAGGGCACCAAUACAGGAACAGACAAAAACCAACGAUCUCUGUGGGAAGAUUAUUGCAGCAUGAACUCUGUAUGGGAUUUAAGAUGUACUCCCAAAGCUAAUCCUUGUGAGGAUGGAGUAUCAUUUGGGGCAGCCCUGAUACAGACAUUCCCCAUAUGGUAGGCGACAGCAUGCCUUCUUUGCUUUUGUCUUGGUUCCAUGGUGUCUGAUAUGGAUGCUAAGAUAUGCAACCAGGGCUGAGCCAUUUGAAAGUAGAGAAUCUUUUGGAAAAAGUCCAGAGUGACUGAACGGCUGCUGUGAUUAAACAAAAAGCUUAUUUUGCUGGGGGGUGGGAUGGAUUUUUUUGCUUUUGUUCAUUUUUUAAAUAAAUUUUAUUUAAAUUAGAAACAAUAUUAUUUUACAUAGAAAUCCCAGUUCCUGUUCCCUCCCAUCCUCCUAUAACCCCCUCUGUGCCCCACAUCCAAUACCACAUCCAUUCCCCAGGGAGGGUGAGGCUUUCCAUGAGAGAUCAUCAAAAUCUAUCAAGGCUUUAGGGGCAGGACCUAAGCUCUCCCCCAUGUAUCUAGGCUAAGAAGUCAAGUUUCUUAAAGGGGGACAUGGUGUAUUUUAUCUUUCAGCCUAUUAUUGAGGGAAGUUAGGAUAAGAAAUCUAGGCUGAUAACUUAGAGAAAUGAUUCAUUAUCUGCCUUGAUUAUGGCAUCAUGCUACACUAGCUUAUAUAACUAAAGACCACCUGCCUUUCAAAUUACCCUAGGUCCUACUACACCAAUUGAAACAUUUCCCAAGGGUCAGCUUGAUUUAUGCAGGUCCUCAAUUGAGGCUGUCAUGUCUGAUGACUGUUGAGAUUGUAAUUUGACAGUUAAAUUAGGACAGUCUUUCUCUGCAUGGGGUGAGGUGGCACACCUUACUGGAUUUUGCUACUAGAGUAAGCAUGUACUAGUAAAAAUGCCACUGGACUAGAGAACAUACAACCAUUCCCAAAAUUGGCACUGUGGGACAAGAUGUUAAGCAACUUAUGGCAAUUUGCCCCUUUGUGUGAGUGGUGAAAGAUAACACAUUCUACUGCCUGCCCAUACUGAACUUGUCCAAGUAAUGAUCCUGUUCUGCUGAUCACUAGUACUCUUGCUUAGCAGGAGAUUGUUGAAACAGAGGGGAUGAAAUACAGGUAUGAAUUGCGGUUACAGAUGGCAGGGUUCAAGUGAAAGACAACUACUAACUAGACCUGUGCCAAAGAAGCCUCCCUGAGACCAGAGAAGUUGGAAUCCAUGGGAAGAAUUUAACAGCAAGGAAAGAGCACUAGAAAUCACAGAAGAUAAACUUCAAGUCUGACCCUUAAUAUAGAAGAAGAUCUUUAUUGGCAUGUAGAAGGGUGUCUUAGUUGUCUGGUACAGAAAAUUGCAUCUGAACUGAUUGAAUUAGGGAAGACUUAAACAUGACAUGAAAGAGUCCUCUGGAAGCUUAUCGUGUGAGACUAUGGUAGAGAUGGGAUCAUCACUUUAAUUGGGAAAUGGACAGACUGAGUUAAUGUAUCUAAUUGUUCUUCCUUGAGUGGUGGCUAUGUAAUCUAAUGAAAUAAAAGAAAAGGUCAUUCACACUUAAGCAAACUCA